AACUCGGCGCGUCAAAAAGUCUGUCCACGAGGAACAAUUUCACAUCGGGGUAUUUUGCUCGAAACGCUCGAGACGAGAAGAUCAAACAAACCGUGCUCUCCUUCCGUGAGAGCUGUUUCUGUCUUUGAAUAUAAAUGAUGGGCUGACUCUUUUGGCAAUAAUUAAACGAGACGUUGAGCCCGUGUGCGCUUUUCUGCUUUGGUACAAAAAGGAAUUCUUACGUUUGAGCUGCUCAACCACUCGCACUCGCCUCUCACGCCUUCCUCGCUCUUUACUUUUCUCCCUCCUCACUUAUACUUUUUUAUUCGUGUGAGAAUAGCGCUGAGAAGGUCCAGUGGUCAAAGAGUGUACUAGCGCACUAAUCUACUUGCUGGAGCUUUCAAAAAGCAGCCUUGAAUAACGCUUGCAUUCAGAAUUAUAUACGGUGGUCUCGAAAUGAAUGGUCAAGUCGUCGGUAAUCGAAAAUAAGGGAAUUCGGGAAGAAUCUGUACAUUAUUUUGGUCAAUUCUCUAUGAGUGCCAUUUCAUUCAUUGUUUACGAAACGUUUUCACUGCGUUAGAUGUUUUUUUGAUUUUUAACCUUCAAUAAUAAAAGUUUUGUAUUUUCACCCAAUUAAAUCAUCAUCAUUUCUGGUAGUUUAUUGUAAUUUUCCAAUGUUAGAAGAGAUUGCUAUUUCCUAGUCGUUUGGAUACACACUGGAAUUUAUAGGAUAUAUCUAUCGAAAUUGAAUAAAUCCAAUAAUAUACCGUGAGAUAUUCCCAACGGGCAUACGAUUCGGUGAUUUAGUAUGAAAAUGAAACAAUACCGGGUAAUAAUAGAUGUUCCUUGGGCUAUUUACGUGCUGCGAAAUGAACGUGGCCCUCGUACGUAGAUUUCAGAAAAAGAAUAGAGGUUUGUUCAUUUCAACAGCUGUCAUGAUAGUUGAUGGUGGUACACAAAAAUACACGGAGACAUUUUUUUGCGACGAAUUACCGUUUUUAUUGAAACGUGUUAGACUCACUGCAAUGUGUGGCGAUUGCAGUCCAAGGUGGUGUGAUAGAAACAGUCAUUUUUCAUCGAAUAAAAAUCUUUGUAUUUUCUGCAUUCUAUGGAAAAACACGUAUAUAUAGAAGUUCCUCGCGGUUACUAUUAUUAAUGCUGAUGUAUCAUUAGCAUAAAUAUUACGCGAUUCAAAUAAUCUUCCAUACUUUCUUCUUCCUUCGUAUUUUGAACGCGUAAUGUAUAAUUUGUUAAAUUUUACGGUCUAUCGGAACGAAUCGAUAAGUUGAGAGUAGAAUUUUCCGGACAAAAGGAAUGAGUGCGGCGAACAAAUUCCUUCCCAUCGAUGCGGUUUAACGUGCAGAUAAUUGAUGGGAUUAUGAGAUAACAAUUGCGCUUGUUGCACUACUCGAUUCCCGUGUCAUCACGACGCUGCGAAUCACACACAACAGGCGCGCGUUCAGGGAGUCGCUAUUUGUGCUACCAACGCUAACGUUAUCUUUAAAUAGUAUGACUAUAUUACCUAUGCAUUAUUCUGAAUGCGUCUGAACGGCAGUAAUAUAGCGGCACGAUAAAAUGAAAUAUGGCGACGCCCAAUACCCGUGUUUAGAACAAUGUUUAAAGAUAGUUUCAAGUAUUACAAAAGUCGUGAUCCACCACCGGACCUCAGUGAUGUAAUUGAUUUGAGAAAUCACGUUCUCGGUAAAGUUAAACGUGUAGGGGUCAGCAGUAACGAAGGGUUUUCAGCGAACGAACGUCUGGGUUUAAAAUCACCAUCAAACUGGGAAAUUUUUGAAUUUUACGAAAUUCCUGGUCUUAUUUAUAUAAAAAAUCCUUUUACUUCCGAUGGACAACGAUAUUGGAUUUCUAAAUGCUUAAGAGAUUAUUCUUGUAAACCCAACAAACUUAAUAUCGACGCGCAUAACUUACUUGAGGAGGGAGAAAACUGGUGGGAUGUUUGUGCCAACGAUACUCGGAGAGGCAAAGACCUUGCAUUAAAGUUGAGAUGGGCAACACUGGGUUAUCACCACAAUUGGGACACAAAAGUAUAUGCCGAAGAUUCAAGAGGCAAAAUGCCGCUGGAACUGUCAGAAAUGACAGGGAUACUUGCCAAAUUCACAGGAUUUCCAAAUUUCAAAGCCGAGGCAGCAAUAGUUAAUUAUUAUCGAAUGAAUUCAACACUUGCCGGGCACACGGAUCAUUCGGAGAUUGAUCGUGAAGCUCCACUUUUCUCUAUCAGUUUUGGACAGUCAGCAAUUUUUCUCAUUGGUGGAUUAACCCAGAUUGAGUCGGCGCAUGCUCUGUUUUUGCACAGUGGUGAUGUGCUUGUUAUGGCAGGAGGAUCAAGACUGCGAUAUCACGGAGUACCAAAAAUUUUACAUGCCGACAAAUCCCCUUGGGAUUCGAAAGAUAACAUGGACGAAAUAGAGUCUUUGGUUGAUUGGAAAAAAGCUAGAACUUACAUUUCUCAAGCCAGAAUUAAUAUCAACGUACGUCAAGUCUUGAAAUGUGGACAAACGACGCUGAAGGGGGAAAAUGAAAUAUAAUAAUACAUGUACAGAAAACUUAAGAAUAUAUUUUUUAUGAAGUUUUUUCUUAA